AAAAUGUAUACUUUGAAAGUACAAAAGUUUUCUCGUCUCUUCUCCAACUCUCUCAACUCCCUUCCCUCUCGUCCUCAGGUUAUGUUUCUUCUUUUUUUUCUUCCACUUUCUUUUGAAACAAAGAGGGGUGGUUUUCUUUUUAGUGAAUAAAAUUUAAGAUAAAGGAUGGUGUCUCAGUUCCAAGUUGAACCCAACUCUAAAAAGGGUAAAACUUUGCUUGCAUAUGUAUCUUACAUCAUUACUUUGGUUAACUUUGGUGCAUCCAAGCCAACCAAUCUUCAAAAAGUUAUUGCGAAAUUUAAACAUAAAAAAAAUUAUUGGGAUACCAAUAUUUUAUUGGAUAAAUAUGUUGAUGUUAGUCCCAUGGAUAACAAUAAUAUAUUGAAAGAUAAAAUUAUUGAUGAAGAUCAUGCCUCUAGAAGGAGUGGUAACGAUUCUAAAGUUUUUGAAGAAGUAAAUUAUGAAAAAGAGGACACUAUAAAGAAUCCUCCAAUCAAUCUCAUUGAUGAUUCUUGUUUUAUUUCUCAUGAGCUGAAUGAUUUUUUUGAAUCAUGCCUCCCUAACAUUGUAAAAGGGUGUAAGAGGGUCUUACUUUAUAGUACAUUGAAAGAUGGAAUAUCACUUCGUACACUUAUUCGCAAGAGUGCUCAACUAAACGGUCCUGCUUUGCUAAUUGUUGGAGAUAUGCAAGGAGCUGUGUUUGGUGGGUUGCUUGAUUGUCCCUUGAGACCUACAACAAACCCUAAAUAUCAAGGGACAUACCAAACUUUUGUGUUUACCAACGUUUAUGGUCAACCAACGAUUUUUCGACCUACUGGUGCCAAUCGGUACUAUUACUUAUGUUCCAAUGACUCACUUGCACUUGGUGGAGGUGGUGGUUUUGCUUUAUACUUAGAUGGGGACUUGAAUUUCUACAACCUAUAUAGGUUAACCGGAGCUAGUGGACCCUGCGAUACAUUUGGAAAUGAAUGUCUUGCUCAUACCCCAGAGUUUGAAUUAAAGAAUGUUGAGUUGUGGGGCUUCACACAUGCUUCCUCUUAAUUACAUGAUGUAAUUAAGGAUGCUCACAAAAAAAAACAUGCGAAACUUUUGAAGGGAUGUCCAAACAUAUCGUCUACUAAACUACUAGUCAAAA